AUGAGCGCUAUGAUGGAACUUGAAUCCCAGACUGAACCGAUCGACCAUCCCAGCCCUGCGCCUAGUGCCACUGGUUCAACAGGAACCUCCGGCAUCACGGUGCGCCAUGGUCCUGGUGCUAACCCACUCAGUUUUAGAAGUCUAGGAGUCCCCUGCACAAAUUGUGUCGCCUUCUCCAUCGAAUGCAAGAUCCCGACCCCUAAGCGAAAGAAGAAUUCCUCAAAAUCCAAAGAAGAUACCCGAUAUGAUGAUAGCCCACCCCACACAGCAGCCUCCUCGUUAGUCGAUGCAGCCGUUGCUCAGUUCCGCCCCUCCAGCACCGAGGACUCCACCGACAAUGCACAGGUCGAUCAGCGAGGUCCAUCUCCGGAGUCAGAUCCGAAAGAUGAUGCAUUUGGAUACCGAAAGAGUCGCAUGGCUUCCGAUGGCAUGCCCAUCACUGCCCUGUCGGACGCAGAAGCGGCUCAACAGGCCUCGGCAGAUAACGCCUAUGCUCAAUUCAUGAAGCCCAAGUUCGCACGGGCACCGAUUAAGGAAGCUGGUCGGGUGGCAUAUCUCGGUGAAUCGUCGAAUCUAUCACUGUUAGUCCAGGAUCGCCACGGAACUACCGAUGUGGUGCACUACCCACUACCGCCGAAUAUCAGAGGGUCGCGCGCCCGAUUGACGGACUUGGAUAAUCUGGAGAUUGAAAUUCUACAUCAGCGAGGUGCAUUUCUGUUACCUCCCAAGCCACUCUGUGAUGAGUUGGUCGAAGCGUACUUUAAAUGGGUUGCGCCAGUUGUGCCGAUUAUCAAUAAGAGUCGGUUUAUGCGACACUAUCGCGAUCCGAAGAACCCUCCGUCGCUUCUUUUACUUCAGGCUAUUCUUCUAGCAGGUUCAAGGGUCUGCACAAAUCCUCAACUUAUGGAUGCGAACGGCUCGACUACGCCGGCUGCGAUGACCUUUUAUAAACGUGCUAAGGCGUUGUAUGAUGCUAACUAUGAAGAUGAUCGGGUUACUAUUGUUCAGGCUUUAGUACUACUAGGCUGGUACUGGGAAGGACCUGAAGAUGUAACCAAAAACGUAUUCUACUGGACUCGAGUCGCCAUGGUUGUGGCGCAGGGUUCAGGCAUGCAUCGCAGUGUGGAGACUUCGCAACUCAGCAAACCUGACAAGAGACUGUGGAAGAGGAUCUGGUGGACGCUCUUCACUCGAGAUCGUUCGGUUGCCGUGGCUUUAGGGCGACCCAUCGGAAUCAACACAGAAGAUUCCGAUGUCGAGAUGGUAACCGAGGAUGAUUUCAUUGAAGACGAGCUUGAUGUUGCAGCCGAAUAUCCGGCGGACCCAGUUCAUGUGCAGUUCUUUCUGCAAUAUGUCAAGUUGUGUGAGAUUAUGGGUCUGGUCCUUUCGCAGCAAUACUCUGUGGCAUCCAAAUCACGGCGUAUGAAUGCGAUGGACCUUACUCACUCAGAUAUGGCGUUGGCCGAUUGGCUGCAGAACUGUCCUAAGGAAGUCUGCUGGCAACGAUCUAAUCACCACUUUUGGGCUGCUCUUCUGCACUCGAAUUACUAUACUACACUCUGUCUCUUGCAUAGAGCUCAUAUGCCGCCUGCUUCCUCUGCGCCUAACAGCUACAGGGUUGAAGAAAUGGCUUAUCCAUCGCGCACUAUUGCGUUCCAAGCUGCAGGAAUGAUGACUGCUAUUAUUGAGAAUCUCCAUACUCAUGGCGAGCUUCGCUAUACUCCAGCAUUCAUUGUCUACAGCCUGUUCUCUGCUCUGAUCAUGCACGUGUAUCAAAUGCGUUCAUCAGUCCCAUCGAUUGUGGCGACCUGUCAAGAACGAAUUAAUGUCUGCAUGAGGGCGCUCAAAGACGUUUCCAAGGUAUGGCUUGUAGCGAAGAUGGUCAAUACGCUGUUCGAGUCUAUCCUUGGAAACAAAUUGCUGGAGGAACGACUUCAAAAGGCCGCAGGUAAACGACACCAGCGUCGGCCUCACGAUAAUUCCAAUGUGGCCGCUCCACCUCCCAGACGACCUGAUCCGCCCAAGCGUAAAUUUGACGAUAUGGACUUGGGUCUGCCUAACGGUGGACCUACACCUCCUGUGUCAUAUGAGCGAUCACGGCCCCAGACUCCAGCUGUUACCCCAUCUCGGGAAUUGAACCAGCCUCCACUUGGUCAUACAUCACCGAACGCCCACCGCGGCCUCGGAGACCCAAUCUCUGGACCCGGUAAUUCACGAAGCAACACACGGCCCACCACUCCUUUCAACGCUCAGUUCUCCCUCCCUGCUACACCUCCCGACUUCUUCCUUGUAACCCGUACCUCACCAAAUCUCUCCCCUUCUCUCUGGGAGAACUUCCAGCCCGACCAACUUUUCCCCGAUGGCACUGCUAUCUUCCCCGAAUUGACCUCCCCGCCUCCAGCUACCAUGGAUCCACAACUGCAAAUGCCCUCUGGUAUGCCAGGCCAACGCCCUAUGAUGGGUAAUCCAUCCCAGCAACAGGGCGCUGGACGCAACAUGUCUGUUUCUCAGGGUAGCCCGCAGAUGAUGUCUGGUGUUCCUGGUGGCAUGGGUAUGCAGCCAGGUACACAACAGAUGUUCGGAAUGGAAGGCCAGACCUGGCCAAUGCAAGGGAUGGAUGGGGCGAUGGGUGGACCAGCGCUGGACGCUGGCAGCCAAGAUGAUACAUGGAGCAAUAGUUCUCGCAGUGGACCAACUGCACCCACGACCUUGAAUGUGGAAGAUUGGUUUCAAUUCUUUGGUAUCAAUGGUGGCUUCGGCGAUUUGGCACAAUAG